AUGAAACUACGACCCAUAGAACGGAUCGGGUCGUACGGCGCGCGCGUGCACUACCUCGCGAACGCGUCGCACUGGGUGCACAUCGAUAAUCCGGACGGGUUGCUCGAGAUUUUGGCGCCGAGUUUCGGGGCGAUCGACAGAGGGCAAGGACGGCGCGUGAACACGAUGUGA